AUGAAUUUCACCGAGGAAUUGGGAAUUUUGGAAGAGGAGGAUGAAUUUUACGAAUUAUCCACUUUAGAGUUGGUAAGUUUGGGCUAUGCAAAACGCGUCAAGCAAUUUGCUGAUGCGUUUUUUGUAGCUGGAUUCAUGAUCUUCAGAUUUAGAGGAACAUUUUCCACCCAAAAACUUUGAAUUUUGACGACCUACAAAAUAUGCGUCAGCUAAACCCUGCUGGCGCAUUUGUGGUGCAUUCUUGGGGCUAGAGAUUCGUUGAGGAAUAUGGGUGAAGCCUAGAAUCUAAGGAACAUUUGAGGACUACCAACAUUGCGUCAACAAAAAUGCUGGCGCAUAUUCAGCAGCAUGUGUUUUUGUAGUGUGAAAUUUCUUCUUAAAUAAUUGCUGCUGAAAAUUACUCGCGCAGAAUUUCAGAUGAGCCAAAAGAAAAACGAAGAUUCUCAAAAAAAAACACAGAAAAAAUUCUGACUUCAGCUAACUCGAUAAAGUGCGCGAAAACAAAAAGUUCAAACUACAUACACAUGAAAAAUUUUUGAUUCAUAUGAAAAAUUAAAAAUAGUUUUUGCUCGGCAAAAAAUUAUGUGAGAAAAACUUAUUUUUAUUUUUUCUCUUAAUUAAAAUGACGAAGUUUGCUUCAAUUAUUUUUAGCGGAAGAGGAAGUACUAGAAACGCGUCAGCAAAUUUGACUGACGCAUUUUUAGUAGCUAUGAGUUUUGGAAAAAUGAUCUUCAAGUCAUACGCUUUAAUUAGACACCCAUAUCGUUUAACUAAAUAUGAAUUCUAAUAAUGCACCAGAAAUGCGUCAGCAAGCCUUAGCUGGCGCAAUUUUUGUAGGUCACCAAAUUCAAGAGUUAUUGAUUGCAAAUUGUUCCAAACUUUGCGUAGAACAAAAUUUUAACACUUAUUUUCGUCAAAAACCCAUUUUUCAGAUAAUUUGGUGCCUCCUCUAUGCAAUUAUCGCAGCAAUGGCAAUUAUCGGAAAUUCCAUGGUACUGUACAUCACAAUUUUCAGAAUACGGUAGGCUACAGUACUCCUAGUAGUACUGUAAUGAGAUUUUGUUGCAGAGUCAAAUCGAUCACCACCUAUUUUAUUCUGAAUUUGGGAUUUGCCGAUUUGUUCACCGGCAUUUUUGCGAUACCCUUCAAAUUUCAGGCCGCACUUUUUCAGGUACGGUAGGUCAAAAAAUAUAUGUGGAAUUUUCCAAAAGUUCAGUUGAGGGUACUACUUUUCAUAAUUAAAAAUAGGAAGCUUGAAUUUUUUAUCAAGGAACUAGAACAUACAUGUUUUUGGUCCGGAAAAGUAUAAAAUAGGGUCGUUAACUUUUUUAUUUUUAAUGAAAAAUAGGUCCUUAACUUUUAUGAAAAAUUACUAUUAAUUUCUCAAGUCAUCAAAAUUACCUCUGCAUCAGCUUCUUCUUUCAAAGAGGAGCAGGGUUUCCACAAAAAUUUCGCCUUGUUUCAUCCUGCAUCACGCGAAAUAUUUCAAUAUCUCUCAUCGCCGACAGUUCGCUGGUAGCGCCACACACCAUAUCUCUCAUUGCACCUGGCUCCGCCCACAUCAUUUUUCUUUUCUUUUCGUUUUUCACAGACAAUUCAAAUCAAAAGCAAAACUUAACAACUUAAAGGCAACCAAAUGAGCUAAAAAUUUUCACAGCUCUACUUCAAGAUAUUUCGCAGGGUUCGAAAACCUAAAACUUUCAAAUAAAGACCGUUUUAAGGGAAAUAAAGACCUAUCCGGAAAAGUAUAGUGUCAUCCUAUACUUUUCCGGAUAGGUCUUUAUUUCCCUUAAAACGGUCUUUAUUGGAGGUUUUUAGGUCUUCGAACCCUGCGAAAUAUCUUGAAGUAGAGCUGUGAAAAUUUUUAGCUCAUUUGGUUGCCUUUAAGCUGUUAAGUUUUGCUUUUGAUUUGAAUUGUCUGUGAAAAAAACGAAAAAAAAGAAAAAAGAUGAGUGCGUGUGUUGCAUAACAAGGGAAAACAAAGGAGAAGAAAACAACGAGAGCAUAGAGCAGGCGGUUAGACUCGCGCUUUCUAAUCCAGCUACAAAGGUUCGGUUCUGGGCUAGAGCUUUUACUUUGAUUUUUGGCAGUAUUUUUGUUCUUCAUUUUUCCGGUGGAUGGUCUUUAACUUUUUCAUUUUUGACAAAAAGGGGUCUUUAACCCGAAGGGCCUUCCGGAUAGAAAAACAUGUAUGAACUAGAAUUUUUCACUCUUUUUUUGCGUAGAUCACACAAUUUAUGAAAUAUAUGGUUAAUAUGAGCAAUGAUGUUAUUUUGAGUCAAAAACCAAUUUACAAGAUUUUUUAAAAUUAAAAACUAACAUGAGCAAUGCCUCAAAAACUUCAAGUAGAUUAAAAAAAAUGAAAUUUUCAAGAUUAAUACGAGCAAUGCUCAAAAAACUUUUCUAAAUAUUUGUAGUUGUAGAUAAAGUUUAACCUGAGCAAUGCUCAGAACCAUGAAAUUGUUAAGAAAAAUCUAAUCUGAGCAAUCAUCUACUAGCAUGAGCAAUGCCUCAAAAAGUUCAAGUAGAUAAAAAAAUGAAAUUUUCAAGAUUAAUAUGAGCAAUGCCUCAAAAAACUAGGAAAAAUUGUAGUUUAGAUAAAGUUUAACCUGAGCAAUGUCUAAAUCUUUAGCUUUUUGAAAAUUUUAAUUUCCUUAGUCUAAAUCAGAAAAUCCCUCUAACCUGAGCAAUCAGCUUUAUUUGGUAUCAAAAUGCUCCAAAUCCCACGUGGAUUCCAAAUCUCUUCCCAUCUAACCUGAGCAAUCCCCUCAAUUUGUUUCCAGGAAUGGUAUCUUCCCAGCUGUCUCUGCCACAUAGUUCCCUACGUCGAAACCGUCGCUCUAACCGUCUCCGUCUUCACUCUGGUCACUUCGGCCGUUCACGAAUUUCGCACCAUAUUUUUCGCCAAAUACGCGCAAAUGUCGGAAAAAAGUGCCAAAAUUUGGGUGUUGUUGAUUUGGUUUAUGUCGAUUACUGUAUCCAUUCCACACGGAUUAUUUCAUAGUGUACAUGAGUUUGAAAAUGGAACUGUGGUUCAGGUUAGUCUGGUUUAACAUGAGCAAUCAUAAUUUUUUUGUUGAGAAAGAUAAGGACUGAUGCUCGUGUUAAAAAUGUAAUUUAUUGGAAGUUUUUUGAAGCAUUGCUCAUGUUAAUUAUCUUAUAGUUUAGAAUUUUCCAAAUAUUUAUUAACCUGAGCAAUGCUCUAAAAAAUGAUUAUAUUUGAAUUAAAAAAAAAUCCAAUGUUUCAAGUUUAACCUGAGCAGUCUCCAAAUUUUCUUAGGAAAACUUUUGAAGCAGUUAAAUGUUAACCUGAGCAAUCUCCCGCAGAAAAUUCAAACAUUUUCAAUUUUCAACUUUAACAUGAGCAAUGCUCCCAAGAUUUGUCAUACUUGGUUUCAAAAAAGUUCCAAUUUCUCAAGUUUAACCUGAGCAAUCUCCAAAAUAUCUUAGAAACACUUUAAAAGCAUUAAAAUUUUAACCUGAGCAAUCUCCAAAAUAUCUUAGAAACACUUUAAAAGCAUUAAAAUUUUAACCUGAGCAAUCCCCCGCAGAAAAUUCAAAAUUUUCUAAUAUUCAAGUCUAACAUGAGCAAUGCCUCAAAAAAUGAUCAAUAACCAGUGAAAUUUGUGAGAAAAACAUGUUUUUCUUCUUCCAAAAUGGAUAAUUUGAUGUUCUCAAAUGAGAUUUUUUUUCUGGGAGCUCUUCAUCAAAAAAUUUUCGGGAAACUUUUAGGGAUUGCUCAUGUUUGUAUUUUUUGAAAAUCAAAAAAUCUUGGACAAUUUUUAACCUGAGCAAUCCCAACAAGUUUUAAUCAAAAUUUUUGCGCGAAAAGCCCUCCCUGACUCAUUUUUCUUAAAAAAUCCAAAAUUUCCAGUGUCUCCCUGUCUACGCGGAAGAAAAUUGGUGGAAAAUCUACAACGUCUACUUGACAAUCAUUCAAUAUUUCGUUCCAAUGAUCAUACUAGACACAGCCUAUACAAUGAUUGCCGUGAAAAUUUGGACGAUGAGUCGAAGAAUCGAUGUGGAUACGUCGAAUCAGAAGGUUAGGCUGAUUUUUGAAGAAUGUUAUAAUUUUCUACGCGAAAUUUUAUGCAUUUUGAUACCAAGAUGCUUUACUGACGCGUAUUUUGUAGUUAGCUACAACAACGCGUCAGCAAAUUCGCUCCGGUAGCCUAACCUAACCAAUUUAGACGUUCUUCUUCUACAAUCACAGCAUGUCAGAAAUUAACAUGGUCUGCUUUUGUGUUUUUUUUUGCGUGCUUUUCUAUUUUGCAUGAUUUUUAAAAUGUUUGUGUGUGCCACGUGGCAAUUUUGGCGGGAGAUUUUUUGAUCUACAAAAUAUAUAGAUUGCUCAGGUUAAGACCUAAUUUUAUGUCAAUGUAGAUCAUAAAUUUCCCGCCAAAAACUCACGUUUUGCCACGUCAUAACUCAAAAUUUUCAGCUAAUGCGCGUUCUAAUUAUCGUAGUCGCGUGUUUUUCGCUGUGCUGGUUUCCACUCGAGACCUAUUUGCUGUUGAAUGAGGUGAAGCCGGAGAUCAAUGAGUGGAAAUACAUCAAUCUCCUUUUUUUCUUCUCACAUUGGCUGGCGAUGAGCAAUUCUUGUCUGAAUCCCAUCAUUUAUUAUGUUUAUAAUGUGAGUUGGGUACUGUAGAUGAGGCUACAGUACCCGAGAGUACUGUAGAAAAUAUUGUAUUUAAUGAUUUGCAGGAAAAAUACAGCGAGGAGUAUCGACGAAUUUUUGCGAAAAUUUGCUAUUUUGCUACUAUUCGGCCGAAGGUUAGUUGGGCUAAACAAAAUGCGUCAGCAAGAUUUGUUGGCGCGUUUUUUGUAGCUUGGAAAUCUGGUUAUUUUGAUACCGAAUAUGAUAGGUUUUGCUUGGGAUACAGAAAAUGGGUCAAUCAAACUUGUUGACACCUUUCGUGUAGCUCUUGAAUCACCUUUUCCCAAUCUACAAAAAACGCGUCAACAAAAAUUGAUGACACAAUUUUUGUACCCCACCAUAUUUUAUCUCAAAAUACAUCAAUUUUUGAGCUGCAAAAAACGCGCCAGCAAUCCUUGCUGACGCAUUUUCUGUAGACCGCAAAAUUCACAAUCCCCACAGAGUUCCGCUAAUUACCUUUUUCCCGUUUCCUGUUCCCCCAAAAACCCUGUAAUUAUCAAAACAAUGGCUUUUUCCGGUAAUUAUCCAAAAUUUUUCGAAAAUUUAUUAAUUUCAGGUCAAAAAAAUCGAGCGUCGCUGGAACGAAAAACUUGACAAGGAGCCAGAAACCACCGAACAACAUGUCCCUUUAAAUGGUGUACUGUAG